UUGGCAACAGUAAAUACGUGACUUUUAAUUUGCUACCUGGCGCUCCAUACUCACUGCGCAUGUCAACGGAAGUGGAAACCGGACUGCGCGAUGAACAAUAUUUAAACAAAACUCACAUGCGAUUCCGCUGCAUGUCAGCGAGUGUAGAGGAGCAGUAAAGCUUUGAAAGGAUCUCAGGCAGAUGUCGCUUUAGUUUCCUCACAGUGUUUGUGCUGCUGUUUACGUUUCUGUUACCGAAAGAGAGAUAAAGAGGACAAACACAGCAAAGCAAGAAUGAGGAGACUUCCUGUUCUGGUUCCUCUCAUCUGGGUCUGCUCAGUAUUUUAUGUAGGCAUCUUCUUGUUUGUGGGAGGAUUUUUACUGGUCAGACUGGAGGUCAACAGAACCAGCACCUGUGCGGACGUCUUAUCUCCAGGAGCCCAGGUGAAGGGAGAUUUCUGCCUGAGCGAGCCACGCUUUCGCAGAGCAGUGGUCUUGAUCAUCGACGCCCUCAAAGCUGAUUUCACCCGCUACGAUCCCGAGAACACGGCACCCAGACCGUUUGAGAAUAAACUGCCCGUGUUAGAUGAAAUGGCAUCGUUGCACCCUACACAUGCGAGACUCUACACCUUUCGGGCCGAUCCCCCCACCACCACGAUGCAGAGGAUCAAAGGCUUCACUACAGGUUCGCUGCCCACGUUCAUCGACGUGGGGAACAACUUUGCCUCCAAUGCAAUCUUGGAGGAUAAUCUGGUGCACCAGUUGGGUCAAGUGGGCAAGAGAGUGGUAUUUAUGGGUGAUGAUACGUGGGUGAGUCUGUUCCCCAAGAAGUUUCACAGAUCUCUGCCUUUCCCCUCCUUCAACGUGAAAGACCUGCACACCGUGGACAACGGCAUUCUCCAAAACAUCUAUCCUACCAUGGAGGGGGAUGACUGGGAUGUGUUGAUCGCUCACUUCCUGGGUGUGGAUCACUGUGGGCACAGAUUUGGCCCUGAUCACCCUGCCAUGGCUGAGAAACUAUCCCAGAUGGAUGGAGUCAUCAGGUCAGUGAUAAAGCGUCUGAAGAAUGACACGCUGUUGGUGGUGAUGGGGGAUCAUGGAAUGACAGACACUGGGGAUCAUGGUGGAGAAAGCCAGAAAGAGACAGACGCUGCCCUGUUUCUCUAUAGCUCCUCAUCAUUGUUUCCAGCUCCAGGAUCGCAGGUAGAGCCCGAUGUCGUUCCUCAGACUGAUUUGGUACCCACAUUAGCAUUGCUAUUGGGAGUUCCCAUUCCUUUUAGCAGUGUGGGCCAAGUUCUCCUGCCACUGUUUCCUCAAAACGGCUCACAAAGUGCACCUACGAGUCUCAGCCAGGCGGAGGCGCUGUGGAUUAACGUCAGACAGGUAAACCGCUUUCUGGAGACCUACUCUAACAUGGCCAAAGACAUCCCACCGGAUAGUCUUUCUCGGCUGCGGGCUGACUUCUCAAACAUUUCCUCUCAGUACCUGGCCACUGUCCACGAAAGCCAUCUCCCCUCCCCUGAGCUAGUCGUCUCCAUGCAGAACUAUCUGACAGCUGUUCGAGAGACCUGCAGAGCAUCGUGGGCCCGUUUCAACCCGUUCAAAAUGGCUGCUGGACUCUUAAUCUUGGGACUUGGCUGUAUGUUGUGCUACGUCAUUUCCGAGUUGUCCCAUUUGGUAAUUCAGGAGGGCCUGUUAAAGUUGCCUAUUUUCUCCGGAUUGGUGGUAGGACUAGCCGUAGCUACAGUCCAGCUGUUUAUGCAGGGCCAUUUAGAGCUUUCGUGGUGCUUGGGCGCUUCAACACUUUCAUCACAGGUUUUGUUUUUUUGGAGAACUCAUGGAGUUUCUCCCAAAGGUAGGUUGUCUCCCACUAACCUUCUCACACCGGCCCUGCUUGUGCUUUUCUUGCGCUGCGCCUCGCUGCUAUCAGACAGUUACGUCAUCUAUGAAGGUCAUGUGGUGACCUUCUUGCUUUUAACGUUGAGCGUAUACGUUCCUCUCCGACUCAACUGGGAUGGACUCUUGGUGCCACUCCCUCCACCAGAUACCCAGAAGCCCCCUCUUCUGCGCCAAGCAGCAUUACCGUCAUCAGUAGUUAAAAGGGAAGCCAACGUCUUGUUGGUUUGGUUGGGGGUGUUGGUAGGAUCACUCUACCUUUCCCUCUCUUUCCACAACUGCCGAGAGGAGCAGGGAACCUGCCAGCCCUCCGCUUUUCUCUCCCCGCUAUCACGUGUACAGGACAGCCAACUUCGUAACGUUUACUAUGUGCUCUCAGUGGCCUCAUUAGUCGCAUGGGCGUGCCUUCUUCAUCGUUGGCUCAGACACUACGGAAACCUUAACUCUUCCAGAGUGACUGUGAUUUCAGCCUGCUACAUCUUACCCCUGGCCUGUGUUGGCAUGGGGUUACAUUGGGCAGUCAGCGCCACACCUGAAGACACCUUCAGGAACUUAUCCGAACUGAUCGGCCUUGCCCAUGUGUUACUACCACGUGCCAUCUUCUGCCUGCUGUGCCUUGGGUUGCUACUGUUGUGGGUGGACCCCAUGACCGUGUUCAUCAAGUCACGGACCCCAGUGAACUCUCGUGGACCGUCGCUCCCACCCCCAAAAUACAGAGCGAGCACCGGCAUCAGUCCGCAGGCCGAACUGCACCACCUCAUACCCCAACUGUACCAGCGUAUCCGACACUCAUUGGAAGAUGGCGCAGUGGAGGCAGGUGAAGCAGAUGACAGACCGUCCGUGGAAGCCUACGGGUUGGGGACGGUGUACUCCGCACCCCUGGUACUGCUUUGCGGGCUUCUUGGACUGGUUUUGCUGCUGCUCCAUGCCGAAGGAAUGGCCCUGGCGUUCCUUCUUCUACUUCUGGAAGCUGGAGCUGUGUUGCACAUCCAUGCCUGCAGCCACAACUUGUCCAGCCUGAACAAACUCUCCAAUGGCUUCAGUGUGCCGUGGGUUCCUGUGGUUGCGUGGUCUCUGGCAGCUGCCCAGUUUUUCCAUGCCACAGGACACCUCCCAACCUUCCCCUCCAUUCAGUGGGGUGCAGCGUUUGUGGGCUUUCCUCAAGGUCACACAGGCACCGUGCUUCCCGCCUCACUGGUGACCCUCAACACCUUUUCCUCUCACAUUAUUUUUGCAGUUGGCUGUCCUCUGCUGCUGUUUUGGCCUCUGGUGUGCGAGGUGCGUGGGACUCGAUCCACACGCUCAGCGGGAGUGGAGGAGAGCGAGGAUGCUGUCAUGGAAAUGAGAUUGAGAGAAAACCCUCAGAAGUUUAGUUCGGCUCUCCUGCAGCUCACCGCACGCUACCUGUUUGUAAAUGGAGCGCAGGUGUUUGCGUCGGUUUGUGCUGCAGCCAUUCUUAGGAGGCACCUUAUGGUCUGGAAAGUGUUUGCACCUAAAUUGAUGUUUGAGGCAUCUGGGUUUAUCGUGGGCAGUGUGUUUCUGAUGCUGGGAGUUGCCAUGGUGAUGAGGGUGGACAUAUCAGUGGGAGGCCUGUUUAAGAAACUCCUCCCUCAAAACUCGAGGUAGCACCUCGCCCUUGUUUCCCAGAAGCCCAUCUUGCCGGAGAUGCCCGAUCCCCUUUUUCAACUCCACUGCCAAACACGUGAACAAAAACGCAAGAGUUGUUUUCGCAUCUAAGCGGAACUCAUUUGGACCAAAGUGUCUUGAUGUUUUAAAGUAUGUGAGAUAAACUGAAAUUGAUAUAUUUUACGAGACUUUGAUCAAGCCACCGAACAGUCAGCCUUUUAUUGCGUCGGUGCGUUUGUAUUGAAAAGAGAGCUAAUGAAAGAGAGAUGAUGGUUUGUGCAUGCCUUUAUUACUGCCGUGAUACAAAGUCAUUAUAGGAAAGAUUGUAUGCUAUUAUUUGAAGGGCUACAGUGUUGCAAUGGCGUGUUUGAACUUGGAAAGGCUUUUAUUCAAACAUUCAAAGCACAAGUGUGCUCGAGGGCAUCAAUAUUUUCAGCAUUGAACUGUAACUAUUCAUUAGGGUUUUUAUGUAAGACGUCUGUUUUAUUCUCAUGAUUUUUGUUGACCUCAUUGCUUGAAUGUUAUUUGCCGUCUAUUCACUAGCAAUAAGUGUCAGGGUCAAAUGAAAUGUGCAUUCAUUCAAUGUGCAUCGACUGUUAUUUAUUUACUUACUUCUAUCGUUGUAUAUUUAGUUCACUAAUGGAUUAAAUACUUUUACCGAUCUCAUUUUUGUGAGAAAUGCAUGGGGGAAUAAUAACAUCAUGUGCUCAGGUUUAUUUCGCUAUGAUGCAAUAGAAGUAUUCUGUUUUGCAUGGUGCAGUUUUUGUGUGUAAGGGUUUUUUCACAGCCAAAUUAUGGCUUUUAAUAACGUAUUGAUGUCUGACUGAUUUAGAGACUGUGAAAAUCAUUUUAAUCACAAAUGUAAAAAUCAUUUAUGAAAGGGAGAAAAUCAAUUAAAUAUUUUGUACAAUUUGAAA